AUGUUGUUCAGCAUUAUAAGUGGUAGGCGUAUACAUGCUGUUUUGGUUGGGCUUCUAUGCCUGGUCAUUGCCUCUGCUAUUUGUUGUUCUAGUAGUGUUGGAAGCUCCAGCAUUCUGUGCUUGGAGAGUGAAAGACAUGCUCUUCUCCGGUUUAAACAAGGCCUUGUGGAUGAGUCCAAUGCUCUUGCUUCUUGGAAAAGUGAGAAAGAUUGCUGCAAGUGGAGAGGAAUCGCAUGCAACAACCAAACAGGUCAUGUCAUCACUCUAAAUCUCCGUAAUUCUUUUGAUGAUUCCAUGUUUGGUGGUACUCCUUUAAGAGGUGAAAUUGAUCCUUCCCUACUUGAACUGCGACAUCUAAAUUACUUGGACCUCAAUUUCAAUGAUUUUGGAGGAAUGAUUCCCAGGUUCAUUGGCUCUCUGAGUCAAUUGAAAAAACUCAAACUUGCUCAUAAUAAUUUUAGUGGACCUGUUCCUCCCCAACUGGGAAAUCUCUCUAAUUUGCACACUCUGGAUCUUUCCAUGAACCAAUAUGUUAGUUUUCAAAAUCUUGAGUGGUUAUCUCAUCUUUCUUCCUUGAGAUACCUGAACAUGACACGGCUGAAUUUGUCUGAGGCUGUGAAUUGGCCACAAUCUUUCAGCAAGCUCACUUUACUGACAGAGCUUCAGUUAUCCCAUUGUAACCUUCCUGAUGUCAAUCUAAGAGCACUUUCCACCUCUCUUCAAGUUCUUGACCUCUCUUCUAACUCUCUUAAUUCUGCGGUAUUUCAUUGGAUAGCCAAUGUCAGCAACAACUUUGUCCAUAUUCAAUUAUCGGAUAAUGAUUUACAAGGUCCCAUCCCAGCUCAUGUUUUCACAAGCAUGGUUUCUCUAUUAUCUCUAGAUCUCUCACGUAAUUUGCUUGAAGGUGGUAUACCAAAGGCCUUUCAAAACUUAUGCAGCUUAGAAUCGCUGGAUUUAGCUUCAAACCAAUUCUCUGAAAACAUUCAGGACUCUGUAGAAACCUUGUCCUGUGCUGAGAACACACUUGAGAGCUUGGACUUGAGUGGUAACUGGUUUUGGGGUUCAUUUCCAGAACUGACAGGUUUUUCAAAGUUAAGAGGGUUAUUUCUCUACGAUAACACUCUAAAUGGGUCUCUACCUGAGAGUGUCGGGCAACUUUCUAGCCUUGAAUAUUUGGAUCUUUCUUGGAAUUCUUUGAAUGCUGUCAUAACAGAAGCCCACUUUUUGAACCUUUCUCGUUUGAAGAAUUUGGAAGUUUCUGUUAACCCAGCUUUGUCUAUCAACCUGAGCUCAGAUUGGAAUCCACCAUUUCAACUUGAUUAUGCGUUAAGCAUGUCCUCUUGCAAGGUGGGACCAGCAUUUCCAAAAUGGAUUCAAACGCAGAGAAAUCUCAUUUAUCUUUCUCUGGAUAAUGCUAGUAUAUCAGAUUCCUUACCUAGUAAUUUUUGGGAUCUAUUUUCUGGCUUAGAGGAAUUAGAUCUCUCUAUGAAUAAAAUUCAUGGAAAACUGCCGGACCUGCCAUCAUUUCCUCCGGGGCUCCUCAGCUCCACGGAUUCAAAUUCUCGACCUUUCUGA